UGAUAAGCAGCUCUAUUUUAAAAACCAGUAUCAGCCUGUUUCUAUCUCUUUGUUUCAUGCUUGGCCCAGAUGCAAGGAUAUACAGAAGCGCCACUGUCUAUCUGGACUGUUCAGCGUUCUCACAGCCGACAAAAUAUGAAAGUUAUUUGCUUUCGGAGGGUGAUGGAUUAGUUUUGGAUUGCAAUGUUUGUGCUCAGUGUUUUAAAGGUAUCAAAAUGUGCAAGGCAGGCGAAAGUUAUGGAGACUGGUUCAUUCAGAGGGGCAGACUGGGUAGCGGACAAGGCGAUCUUAAAGGAUAUGUACAACCAAACCGUAUUUCAGCAGAAUAUAUACGUCUGCGAUUGCGUAAACGGAUCUGGCAAAAUCUGUCUACAGUUGCUAGUGCGCUCCCCUUAUUAUAUGGAAAUUCACAAUUUCAAGCACAGAAUAUUUCAGAAGCUGAGUCAGAAGUACGCGAACCGUUAUCCUUAUAUUUUACAGUUCUAAGCCUGGUCAACCUCUUGACGUAAUAAAAACAGAAAAAAGAAAACUAUUAGGCAAGACACGUACUCAUAUUGAUAAGGAUAUGUUUUACAUAAGACGUGCAAAAGUCGACGAUACUGGAGUCUACACUUGUUUCUUUAAAGGAAGAGAAUUAAGAGUAUGGGCUGUAACAGUCUUGAAACCUGGUGAUGAACCAUUUAGAAACAUCUUCUUACCUUUAGAAAGAAUAACGGAAAAUUCCACAACUACACGGAAUAGUAGUAUAACUAGUGACAGUAGCUUACAACCGUUAGCAACACAGUUUUUGGUUAGUAAUAACUUAAAGCUAUUUACACAAUGGUCUUCGUGGUCUGACUGUAUUCCCUGCACUCCAAAAGAAUACUUGAACUUAUCAUCAGAGUCAAAAAUAAGUGGUAUUCAAAUAAAAAUUGGUAUCUGUCAUGUCGCUCCUAUCGAUCAGUCAUAUGCAAUUCAACCACACAUGUUAGCUAUUGAAACAGGUGAAAUCUUGAACUUGUACAAUGAGCCAGGUUUACCCUGCCGAUCUCAUUUAAUCAGAGAUUCUUUGUUGAAAUAUGGUCCAACGGAAUUUCAUAAAAGACCGAGUGAGCUGAAGAUCAGACGGUGUAUACAAACAUGUUCAGGUGAAGAUAAAAAUGUUACCUCAUUUACAUCAGUUCUCAGUAGAGUGCAAAGUUAUCCUAAACACGUUACUAUGCGAGUGAAUGAAGGUGAACGAUUAGUUAUCACAUGUCCAGUCAGAAAUUCACCAGAAAAGCCAAUAACAUGGUUUUAUGCACCAGAUAAUAAUGAAGAAUUAAUGGAACUAACUAAAACAGCCUAUAAUUUAAGUAUUAUUCGUCAAUAUGGAUCAUCUACGCGUUAUUUAGCUACCAAAUUGAAACAAAUUGAUUUUACGACAUUAAUAAAAGAAACACGUGGACGAUAUAAACUAGACUCAGCAUAUAAUAUUAUUGUAGCUGAAACAGUAUCCAUAAGAAAUGAGAAAUACAAAGGUUUACACCAUUUAAUCUGUGUACAUGGUGAUGCCUGUGCAGUACGCUAUGAUAACAAUAAGAAUAAUAGUGAUGACUUGAUUACGAUUAAUAACGACACUUAUGGUGAAUGGUCAGGUAUUAUUCAUAUUGAUACAAUACCACGAAGCGGUUUUGUAAUUUUUCUAUCAAAAUUAACACCAGUUGUUCAGUUGUUAAUACCGUUUAUUCUGGCAUUAGGUUUAUUCUUCAUUGUCAUUCUUACAUUAUACACUGAAAGAAAACCGAAAAUGCGUCUAGCUGCCAAUGGUAUGACUAUUAAAUAAUCAUAUAAAAUAUAGAGGAAUUUCAAUCUUUCCUGAAAAGGCUGAAUAAAAUAAUAGUAAUAAUAAUAGUAGUAAUGAUAAUGAUGUUAAUAAAGGAAUGUUAUCUGUUUAAUUCUUUUCAGUUAAACAAUUCGAACAUCUUAUUCAAGUUAUAGUGGUUCUGGUUUUAUUUCCAUCGGUCUUAUGAUUAAUAUUUCAAUAGUAUUUGUUGGUCGUUUUUGACCUGGUCCCCUUUUUUGUCUGCUUGUCCAUCCCUCUCUCUCCUGUAAAUUUCGUUUAAAUGACUUUAUGUCUAUUUUUCCUGUCGAAAAAUGUAUCAUUAGUUAUAUGUUUGGGUGUUAAUAUCUAUCUUGGUGGUGACAAUAACAAAUUAGAAACAAUCAUAAUGCGAAGAAGACGAAGACAGAGGGAUAGAGUAAAGGAUGCAUGAACACUGAGAAAGAUAUGAUCAGUUAAAAUAGACCUUAUUACUGUAUGCAUAUUGAUAAAAACUUACUUAAUUUCAUGUUAAUUUAUUCAUAAAAAAAGCGGGAAAGAGUUACACGUCUACGGCAAUACGAAUUAUUAGUUAAACGUACAGACAAGAAUUCACUUCUGGUUUUCCUCCAAAUUGAAAAUAAAAGCUAC